CAAAUUAGUCGCCGCUAACUAUGUGAGCCGUUCGUUUUCUAAAAUGUACAAACUAGUUUUAAGCGCCUUUUGUAUUUUAAUACAUUCCAACGAAAUACAUUCGCAAGACUUACGAGCCGUACGACAAAGACUUGUUAGUUACCAGAGAUGUCUGUUGGACAGCGACUGCCGAGAAAACUCAUUUUGUUUCGACAACGACCAGCACAGAAUCGGAAUAUGCAAAUGCACGGAUGGAUACGAAUUGUUGUAUAGGAACAGGACAUAUUACGCCUGUUUAAAAUUUGCGGGUUACGAUCAGGAAUGCGUACAAGACACGCAGUGUAUAGAAAGCUUGGGCGCCCUCUCUACAUGCGAUGGGUUCUGCAAGUGUGUAGAUGGCGCUCAUCGCUACACCGACGGGAGAUGUUACAAGAGCAUCCUAUUGGACGAUUUCUGUCAGACGGACGCCAACUGCAUCCUGGGCGACGGCACAUUCGCCUUCUGCGCAGACGGUCAGUGCAGUUGCAACUUGAAGCAGCAACCGUCCGCCGACAAGCUGAGUUGUAUAGAAACGCGAAAUCUGGGGGAAAGCUGCUCGGACAAUAAUCAGUGCUCUCUAACGGAAAACGCUAUUUGCAGGGAGGUGUGCAGGUGUGCCGCCGGAUACGUGUUGUCCAGGAACAGAACCGCGUGUUUAAAAGCCGCUACGUAUUUUCUGGAACCUUGCGAGGAGAACCCCCAGUGCUCGGAGUUUUUGAGGGGUGCCGCUUGUGUCGCAGGAAACUGUUCCUGCAUGGACGGGUUUCACGGGUUUGAAAACACGUGCGCCAGGAGUGCAGGAUUGGGAGAAGCUUGCGCGGCUUUGGAAGAAUGCGUUACGGAACGACAGUUUGGCAACAUUGUCAACUGCACCGAAGGCAUAUGUCAGUGUCAGAGGGGGGUAGUGGACGAGAGACAUGGAUGCUCGCGCAGCGAUGACGUUCCCGUAAACGAUUCGCUUAUAGUGUUUUUUACCGUUAUUUAUUUAAUUAAGGCCGCCUUAGAUUGGUAAGGGACAACCGAACAAAAAUAA